ACUUAGGAGACAAAACACAAACAUCUUCAAGUGUUCUUCUCUUCCUCUGUAUACAACUCUGUUCCUAUAGUUUUUUAGUACAAUAAGAAAAAAAAAUGGAAGGAGAUAAGUGUUGUUCAAGUUUUUUUCAAAGAUGCAAACCUUACAUAGCUAUGAUUUCUCUACAAUUUGGUUUUGCUGGUAUGAACAUAAUCACAAAGGUUUCACUAAACCGUGGAAUGAGUCACUAUGUUCUUGUUGUUUAUAGACAUGCUUUUGCUACUGCUGCUAUUGCUCCUUUUGCUAUAGUUCUUGAGAGGAAGAUAAGGCCAAGGAUUACAUUUCUUAUGUUCAUGCAAAUGUUUGUGUUGGGACUCCUCGGGCCUGUGAUUGAUCAGAAUCUUUACUAUGCUGGGUUGAAAUUCACUUCUCCAACCUACUCAUGUGCUAUUAGCAAUGUUCUCCCUGCAAUGACAUUUGUAAUGGCAGUUAUUUUCAGGAUGGAGAAAUUGGACAUUAAAAAACUAAGAUGCCAAGUAAAGGUGAUUGGAACUAUAAUUACAGUUGCUGGGGCCAUGGUGAUGACAUUAUACAAAGGACAAGUUAUUAAUAUUUUGGGUUCUCAAUACAUGCAUCAUCCUAGAAAUUAUGUACCUGAAAACACUACUGAUUCUGGUGAAAAAGAUUGGUUUAAGGGUUCUGUUUUGCUCAUAAUUGCUACAUUUGCUUGGGCUUCUUUCUUCAUUCUUCAGGCUGUGACAUUAAGGCAAUAUUCAGCUCAACUCUCACUUACAGCCAUAGUGUGUUUCUUGGGCACACUUCAAUCAAUUGCUGUGACCUAUGUUAUGGAGCAUAACCCAAAUGUUUGGACCAUUGGUUGGGACAUGAACCUAUUAGCUGCAGCCUAUGCUGGUAUAAUAUCAUCAGGUCUUACAUACUAUGUUCAAGGGAUAGUGAUGCAAAAGAAAGGGCCGGUUUUUGUCACUGCUUUUAGUCCUUUGAUGAUGAUCAUUGUGGCAAUAAUGGGCACUUUCAUCCUUGCAGAAAAAUUAUAUCUUGGAGGUAUUAUUGGAGCAAUUUUGAUUGUAAUAGGACUAUACUCAGUUCUAUGGGGCAAAAACAAAGAAAACAAAGAGAUAGAAGAAGAGACAAUAACUGAGGAAAUUAAGUGUUGUAGAGAAAAUGGAGUGAUGGAAACAGUGAUUGAAGGUGUUGAAACAAAUGACAUUGAGAUGCAAAAUGAUGAAGCUAAUAGUAAAGUAUUAAGGGUAGCAAUUAUUAAUGUUCCAAAAGUAUAAAAAUGUAGAUAUUAUUAGGAAUAACAACAAAAAAAUGUGCAAUGAAAAAAAGGGUCACUUAGAGUUGAGAAAUUGAGAAGGGUUUUGUUUUGUGUACCUUCUUUAAUUAUCCUCAUCAUCAUCACUACCUUUCUUUGGAAAACUUUGUUAAAGCAUUUUUGGUGGUUGAUUAGGACCAUUAAGUGUGGGCCAGGUUGUCCAAUGUCCAUAAUGUAACUUAAUUAAAUUUUGCAUACUUUUGUUCAAAAGGAAAUUAUAUUGUGGAGCUCUCUUAUAA